UCGGGCGCGGUGAUAGUUUCGCGCGUCUGUCGUGGUUCAUCUCGAGAACGCGGUAGUGUGGAACUGUGGCGUCUCGCUUCGUGCACGGUGGAUAGGGUUAAAUCCCCUGUCGAGUUCCCGCGGCGAUCUCCUGCGGGAGGAAAGCGAGCGAGAGAAAGAGAAGGCCGUUCUGCGUGGUGAAAAAGAGGAUGUCGACGACGGAGAACCAGAACGGUACCGCGGGCGGCGCCCAGAGCAACGGCAUCAAGCCUCUGUCGUCAUCGUCAUCUUCAUCGUCCACGGCGUCGUCGGGCGUCUCGCCGUCGUCCGGCGGCCGGGUCGGUCUACCCAACAACAGCAACUCGUCCUUCCUCUACAGCAGCAGCACGAUGCUGAGCCGGGAGAAGGCGCGGCAGGUGCCGCCGCCGACCCUGCCCAAGUACACGUCGAGCUUUAACGCCGGCUCGAAUAACGGCGGUGGCACUGCUGAACGACUCACCAGGGAACGCGAGACCGGUGGUAGCUACAGGCUCGCCAGCCUGGACAGACUCGCCCUGAGGCAGAGGAUACUGGAUGGGGAAAAGGCGAACGGCGAGCCCAUCUCGAUCCAGACGAAGCGUGAACUGUUUUUCAAAGGCGACGGCACGGGUUUAAUCUCGUCACCGUCAGUGCCGUCGGUACCGCCACCGCAGCCUCCGACACAGAGCCCUGGGUCUCAGAUGAACAAUUCGGUGGCGAACACCACGACAGCCAGUAGCCUCACGUCUCCUAACACGGCGCCAGUGUAUUCGAGUGGGGCCCUGACCGGGGUCAACGCAAAGUCGCGGCUACCGUCCACGGCGGUGACAACGGCGAUCACGAAUGAUGCCUCGGAAGAUAGCAACAGGCGUGAGUCGGCACGUACCGCGAUUUCUUCCAAGGAGGACAGUAACAAGGAGACCAGUCUGCUGCACCAUGCGCGACCUACGCCGCCUACGAAGCCCAAGGAGCUCGACGGCUACGUCGGCUUCGUGAAUCUCCCUAACCAGGUGUACAGGAAAGCCGUAAAGAAGGGCUUCGAAUUCACGCUCAUGGUCGUAGGGGAAUCGGGUCUCGGUAAAUCCACCUUGAUUAACUCCAUGUUCCUGGCAGAUAUAUAUAGUGCCGAAUAUCCCGGACCCAGCCUCAGGAUAAAAAAAACGGUUGCCGUGGAAACUAGCAAAGUGCUGUUGAAGGAAAAGGGUGUAAAUCUCACCCUCACGGUCGUCGAUACGCCUGGUUUCGGAGAUGCUGUGGACAACAGUAACUGUUGGGUGCCAGUAAUAGACUACAUCGAGUCGAAAUACGAGGAAUUCCUCAAUGCAGAAUCCCGCGUGACAAGACGGCAGAUUCCAGACAGUCGGGUGCAUUGCUGUCUCUACUUCGUCGCGCCCUCUGGUCACGGAUUGAAGCCGCUCGAUGUGGAGUUCAUGCAGCGUCUCCACGACAAAGUUAAUAUCAUACCUGUUAUUGCCAAGGCGGACACCAUGACGCCGGAUGAAUGCGCACACUUCAAGAAACAGAUCUUGAACGAGAUUGCACAACACAAAAUAAAGAUCUAUGAGUUUCCAGAGGUCGAAGAAGAAGAGGACACCAAACUCCAUAAAUUAUUAAGAGACAGAGUGCCAUUCGCAGUCGUGGGAGCGAAUACAGUUAUUGAACACGACGGGAAGAAAAUACGAGGAAGAAAAUAUCCAUGGGGAAUUGCAGAAGUUGAGAAUCUGGAACAUUGCGACUUCAUUGCGCUCCGAAACAUGGUAGUAAGGACGCACGUGCAGGAUUUAAAAGACGUGACGAACAAUGUACACUACGAGAACUUCAGGUGUCGCACCCUGGCCGGUCUAGGCGUAGACGGCAAACCGACAAAGGCCUCGAAUAAGAACCCGUUGGCGCAGCUGGAAGAGGAGAAACGUGAACAUGAUAACAAGAUGAAGAAAAUGGAAACGGAGAUGGAGCAAGUUUUCGAGAUGAAAGUUCGCGAAAAGAGACAGAAGUUGAAGGAUUCCGAGACGGAUUUGCAGAGAAGGCACGAACAAAUGCGACGCUCGUUGGAGCAGCAAGUGCGGGAAUUGGAGGAGAAGAGACGAGCGUUCGAGGCGGAGAAAACUGCUUGGGAACAGCAGACCGGACACAGUAUUGAAGAAUUACGUAGACGCAGCUUAGAAGCGAAUUCGAAAGAGGCUGUUGACGGUAAAGAUAAGAAGAACAAGAAGAAGGGGCUCUUUUAAUCGUGUCGAUCGGCAGGAAACAUUCAGCAAGAAAGAGAGCAGGCAGGAACAACCUGAUUUUGGCGUGGCUAUCGUACUUUCAUGUUAUUUACCAAUGAUAUAUUUACGACGAAUACGAGUUAGGCAGUUCCGAUCAAUGUAGGCUCGAUUCACGCUUGAUAUACUUGAGAUCUUCGAUUGGAGAAACCGAUGAUCUGAUCAUAUUCUCGGCGAACACUAUUACAGGAUUAUAUGAUCUUGAACAUAAGAUUGAUUGGUUGCGAAGCAGCUGCGGUAUCCACGUUGAUACGGAUCAUCCUGGGCAUUGAGAGUCACGUGAAUGUUUUAUUGCUCGCGAUACCUAAUUCGUGCAAAACUUGCAGACAGAAAGAAAGAGAACGUUUUGCUACGAUAGAGCAUCUGCCUGCGCUCUUUCGCGUUUCCUAUCUGGUAUCCGAGAGGAAAGAAAAGGAAGAGAGAGCUGGAGAUGUGCACAAUCAUCCUUUCAUGCUCAUCAGCGUUUCAACCGCGAUCAUCAUUUAUUUCAUUAUAACAACUGUACAAAAAGAAACCCACGUAGACGUAAUUUUUUGGAAAACGUAACUUUCGUACUUUCCUCGGCGCGAAUUAGCCCCGUUUAAGCUUGUGUAUCUUUCUGCGUAACGAGAACGUCAUGUUCGCCGCCCUCCGCCGAUUAUGAUUAUACGUAUGUUAGUUUUACGAAUGGACAGAGUUCGAGGAUAUUCGUCAUAUCAUUGUUUUCCAAUUAGGAAAAUAGAUCGUCUUGCAUUUCAUGUCUUGAAGUACAGAGACAAUAGCAUCAGAUACUUUCGCCGAAUAUGAUGAAUUUGAUCAUUUUGGUAUUGUUAAUCCAUA